AAGAACGACGUCGCUUUUAAACUCCCCUCAACAUAAAACCCUAACCUAGAAAUAAACUCUUUCUUCUUCACUUCGCGUGUCUGCAGAUUAGGUUAUCUUGAAGAUCUCCGCCGUGAUUCCCUUCCUCUCCCAUGGCGCCGAAGAAAGAGAAAGCUCCACCACCGUCUUCAAAGCCAGCCAAAUCCGGCGGUGGAAAGCAAAAGAAGAAGAAGUGGAGCAAGGGAAAGCAAAAGGAGAAGGUGAACAACAUGGUGUUGUUUGACAAACCCACUUACGAUAAGCUUCUUUCUGAAGCUCCAAAGUUCAAGCUUAUCACACCUUCCAUUCUCUCAGAUCGUCUUAGGGUGAAUGGAUCUCUUGCGAGAAAGGCAAUUAAGGAGUUGAUGUCUAGAGGUUUGAUUAGGAUGGUGUCUGCUCAUUCAAGUCAGCAGAUCUACACAAGAGCAACUAAUACAUAAGAAGUUGCUUGUUCUAUUUGGACUAUUCAUGGUUGGUAUUCAAUUUCCCUUUUUUGCUUCUAAAUAGAUUGUGUUUCUUUAAAGAAUUAAUGGGGUUUUCAUGUUCUACUUUGUUGGGAUUUUUGUUCAAUCUUUGUUGAUGGAUUGAUGGUAGUAUCUAAAGUUAAUUUACUUAUAUUUUGACCUAAUUUUAGUUAUUAGU